CCCAGGUGGCUUUACAGAUCUAUCCCCAUCCGUGCACGGAUCAACUUCUAUUUCUUUUUCGCUCUAGGCUCUUUUUCUACAGCAAAAGGUCCAAAUGGACUCAAAAUAUCUCGCAACCAAACAAUCCACCUCCCGAAACCGAGAAAUGUUUCGCCCGCCCGUGAAUCGUGCCAUGCGCGUCCUGGACCGCUCCUUUUUCAAAAAGACCGUCCCCGUCUCCGCGGCCACCGUGCUAGAGAAUAAGAACAUAUCCUCCGUGCGCAAAAGAUUGGAAUCAAGUAAAGAUGCAAUCGACUUACCCAGAUACAAUACCUGUGCGACGCCCACGUCGGAGAGGCUGGUUGUUGGUAGGAAUGGGCAGAUAUUGGAAUUGACGAAGGAGGAGUCGAGGAAGAAGAAGUGUUUGGUCUUGAGGGAGGAUAUUAAAUAUGACGAUGCUACUACGUGGUCACCGAUAUUGAAUGAAUUGGUUGAGAAUGGAACUGUUGGGUUGGGUCCUUAUACGAUUGAUUUGGAUUAUUCAUAUUGGACUUAUGCGGAGAUUAUUGAGGCGAUUCUCCCUGAGGAGGAGGUCGCGAGCGGAGAGUUUCCAGAGGGCUUCACAUUGACGGGACAUGUUUUGCAUCUGAACCUACGAGAACGAUGGUACCCAUACAAACACCUCAUUGCGCAAAUCCUCAAAGAUAAGAACCCCCUGGUCCGCACUGUGAUCAACAAAACCGAGAAUGUCGGGUCUGAAAGUGAAUUCCGGACAUUCCCGUUUGAGAUAUUGGCCGGCGAAAACGAUCUAAACGUCACCGUCCACGAACAAGGAUGUGAAUUCCGAUUCGACUUUUCGCGCGUCUACUGGAACAGUCGUCUGGAGACUGAGCAUCGUCGACUAUGCGACAAGUUCCACGAAGGUGAACUUGUCUGCGACGUGAUGGCCGGUGUUGGACCCUUUGCUGUACCAGCAGGCAAGAAGAAGAUCUUCGUAUGGGCCAACGAUCUGAAUCCCCACGGAUGGGAAAGCAUGGAAGACGCUGUGAAACGCAACAAAGUUCAACAAUUCGUAAAACCAUUCAAUAUGGAUGGACGAAAAUUCAUCCGCGCAUCUGCCGAGAUGAUGCUCUCCCCACCGACAAGGGUAGUCGUUCAACCCAAGGUUAGCAACUCGGCCAGGCGAAAUAAACCAGCCGGAGCAGGUAGAACCACACCUCCACCACCUCAGAUAUAUACUCGACCAUCGACAGUCGAUCACUACGUAAUGAAUCUCCCCGCGACGGCGAUUGAGUUCCUCGAUGCGUUCGUCGGCGUCUACGCGGGUAUGGAAUCACGUUUUGAGCCGUUUAAACCCGAGCGGAAAUUACCCGUGAUACACGUUUAUUGCUUCUCGGGUCAUUCGGAAGACGUCCGAGAUGAUCAUGAAGAUAUCUGUCGACGCAUCUCGGAGCGUAUGGGAUUUACAUUAACGCCUGACGAUACAGUCAAUGGUACUGGAAACCAGGAGAGAGAGCUGGAAAUCCAUAAUGUGAGGUUGGUGAGUCCGAAGAAGCAGAUGUUUUGUGCUAGUUUCCGUCUGCCGAAGGAAGUUGCUUUUGCGAGGUAGUAGGGCAAAAUUAUUGGAAUGCAUGGCGGGCGUUAGUAUAGUUUUUGAAUAGAAACGAUACCCCUUGUAUGAGUACGGU